AUGGCGUUACCACCUUACUUCGAUAAGGAGAACCAGGCGACCUUCACCGACGUCUUGUGCGACUACCCUUACGGUUUUUCGGGAGACCUAUUCUGCCAAAAGCCCAGACAUCCCGCUGUUAGUGGAAAGUUCCGGAUCAAUAUUAAGGCUACAAGAAAUUCAUCUUCGCAGGCAUCUUGGUCACGCUUCAAAACGAGAAUGGGGCUCAAGAUGCUGCUGAGAAUGGGUUUCCCUUAGUUCUAACAAUAGUCUAGGUGGCGUGGAAAGUCGAGAAAGGGAGCCGAAUAAGAUUCAUAUGGUCGUCGCAGCAGCAAUUCAAAAAAGCAGAUCCGGUCGCUCUACUGCUUCGUGGCUGGAGGAUAUGCAGAUGGCAGAUCUGAGCAAACACGCAGAAGGGCGACCGUCAUCGUCUUCUAGAGAAGUGUCGGGAGAAGAUGAUACGAAGAAAUUUGGUAGUAUAGGAGAAGGUCACUGCGCUGUUCCAAUCGGAGUGGAGCCUGCAGGUGCAGCCGUCGGAGACGAGACAUUGCCGCCACGAGAAAACCCAUCAGAUGCACGACUGCCACACGCUGCGGACACUGCCACAUUUGGAGGACAUUUCUCAGGCAGAAACUCCUCCUCAACUGCAAGACAAAGCACAAACAGCUUGCAAGUCACAGAGUCGACGAACUACGAAGUCCAUUCGGACAGCGAAAAUGGUGGUGGUAGCAACGUUUUUCCACCUGCUGAGUCACCUCUGGAAGCAGAAAUCUCUAGAAGCCCAGCGAAAAGUCCUAAGAAAGCGAGGAAAUUCAAGAAGAGAGAACGAGCAGCGAAUAUGGUGAAGGUGGUGGGUGCGCCUAGUAGUGAAGAGCUCAAAGGAAGUUGCGCAUCCACAUCAAGCGCAAAACUGACUCGCACGCGCAAGAAGAGUACUCAGGCAAGCUCGCAGAACCCACGCGUACCACCUGGACAGGAGAUCCCGAACUCUGAACUGUUAGCAGACCUGCUUCCAGAUAGCCAUAAUUCGCCUCCACCUCCAAGACCGAUUCAGCAGGUAACAGUAGAGCCGUCGACAGCUGGAACUGCUGUUGUAGCUGAUCAGCAUCAGUCUUCUUUAUCUGAAGUCGUAGUCGUCGGAGCAGGAACUACCGAACAAGAGCAUCAGCAGGAAGCUCAAACCGAGGAGGUUCAGACAACAAGAGCACAGCAGCACUGGGCAAUACAACGGGCAGACCCUGGCCGUGAAACAAUGGACCUCGAGAGCAGAGCAAGUACUUAA